AUGUCCAUGAACAUCUUUGGCGCAGAGGCUACCGAGGAAAAGGCAGAGAACGCGCGUCUCGCGUCGUUCGUCGGUGCCCUUGCACUCGGCGAUCUCGUCAAGUCCACCCUCGGCCCCAAGGGCAUGAACAAGAUCCUCCAGUCCGGAUCCUCGGGAGAUAUCAACGUCACAAACGAUGGCGCCACUAUCCUCAAGUCCAUCCAGCUCGACAAUGCUGCCGCCAAGAUCCUCGUCAAUAUCUCUAAAGUGCAGGACGACGAAGUCGGCGAUGGCACCACCAGCGUCUGCGUUCUGGCCGCAGAAUUGCUCAGGGAGGCGGAGAAGCUCAUCGCGCAGAAGAUCCACCCCCAAACCAUCAUCGAGGGCUACAGGAUAGCGAGCAUUGCCGCACUCAGUGCUCUCGAAAAGGCUGCGACCGACAACAGUACCGACCCCGCGCGUUUCAGGCAAGAUCUGGUCAACAUCGCGCGCACUACCCUCUCCUCAAAAGUCCUCAACCAGGACAAGGAUUACUUCGCCAACCUCGCAGUAGAUGCCGUUCUCCGUCUCAAGGGUUCAACAGAUCUCGAGCAUAUUCAGAUCAUCAAGAAGGCGGGAGGGAAGCUUACUGACUCUUACCUCGAUGAAGGCUUCAUUCUGGACAAGACCAUCGGUACCAACUGCCCAAAACGGCUGGAAAACGCCAAGAUCCUCAUUGCGAACACCUCCAUGGACACCGACAAGAUCAAGGUCUUCGGUGCUCGUAUCAAGGUUGAUAGCACGGGCAAGCUUGCGGAAUUGGAGCGCGCGGAGCGGGAGAAGAUGAAGGAGAAGGUCGACGCGAUCGCUGGGCACGGCAUCAACUGCUUCGUGAACCGUCAACUCGUCUACAACUACCCGGAAUCUCUCCUCUCCGAAAAGGGCAUCAUGACGAUUGAGCACGCUGACUUCGAGGGUGUUGAGCGUCUGGCCCUCGUCACUGGCGGCGAGAUCGCGAGUACGUUCGAUCAUCCGGAGCUCGUGAAGCUUGGGCGGUGUGAGUUGAUCGAGGAGAUCAUGAUCGGCGAGGACAAGCUCAUCAAGUUCUCCGGCGUCGCGGCCGGUGAGGCAUGCACCGUCGUGCUCCGUGGGUCGACGAACCAGAUGAUAGACGAGGCGGAACGUUCGCUGCACGACGCGCUCUCCGUGCUGUCACAAACAGUGAAGGAGACACGGGUCGUGCUCGGGGGCGGGUGCUCAGAGACGCUCAUGAGCUGCGCGGUCGAGGAGGAGGCGCGGAAGGUCCAGGGCAAGAAGGCGAUCGCUGCAGAGGCGUUCAGCCGUGCGCUCAGGAUGAUCCCGACUAUCCUCGCGGACAACGCGGGCUACGACUCGUCCGACCUCGUCGCGAAGCUCAGGGCAGCGCACUACGAGGGUCAGUCGGAUGCGGGUCUCGACAUGAACGAGGGCACGAUUGGGUCGAUGACGAAGCUCGGCGUGACAGAGAGCUACAAGCUCAAGCGCCAGGUCGUGCUUAGCGCGAGUGAAGCGGCGGAGAUGAUCCUACGUGUGGACGAUAUCCUGCGGGCAACGCCCCGUAGACGGGAAGCUGUAUAAUAGUAGAAUGAAUCCUUGGUAGGCAGUAUAAGAUAGUUUUGCGUUGCUGCUUCAUC